AUCGCGGCCCCUCCUAUCAGGCAGGGCCCGCGGAAAGGAGCGGGGAGGCAGCCCUGCCCAUAGCGGCGGGGCGAGCGAGCCAUGUCAGAGUUCCAGAUUUCGGUGGAAGAGCUCAACGACCUGCUGGCCAACGGCAGCGGCUGUUACAGCCUCCCCAGCGCGCACAGCAACGAGGUGGCGCCCCGCAUCCACGUGGGCAACGCGUUCAUAGCCAAAAAUGUCAUGCGGUUGCAACGCCUGGGGAUCACCCAUGUUCUGAAUGCAGCGGAGGGCAAGUCAUUCAUGCAUGUGAACACCAACGCGGAGUUCUACGAAGGGACCAACAUCACUUACCAUGGCAUCAAGGCCAAUGAUACCCAGGAGUUCAACCUCAGCCGCUACUUUGAGGAAGCUGCUGACUUCAUUGAGAAGGCAUUAGCCCACAAAGAUGGCCGGGUGUUUGUCCACUGCCGCGAAGGCUACAGCCGCUCGCCGACACUGGUCAUUGCUUACCUCAUGCUCCGGCAGAACAUGGAUGUCAAGACUGCCGUGAGCACCGUCCGGCAGAAGCGGGAGAUCGGCCCCAACGACGGCUUCUUGAAGCAGCUCUGCCAGCUCAACGAGAGAUUGGUGAAGGAGGGCAAGCUGAAGAAACCGUAGUGGUGGCUGUGCACGGCCUCUCUGCGCGGCCUUUAGUAGCUUUCAGUUGCCAACUCCCAACUGCCAGGCCAUGCAAGGGAGGCAGGAGAAUGGUCUGAUUUCUUCCACAAUGAGAGGGUGGGCCUACCUCUCUCUCUCUCUCUCUUUUUAAAUAGGCACCAGAGUUGCGGCAAUAUUGAAACACACUC